AUGAACAACCAGUCAAGAGAGAUUGAGUUCAUUCUGCUGGGACUGACUGAUGAUCCACAUUUGCAAAUUGUGAUUUUUAUAUUUCUCUUUCUAAAUUACAUACUGAGUGUCCUGGGAAACUUAUCCAUCAUCCUCCUUACCUUGCUGGAUCCUCGCCUCAAAACUCCUAUGUAUUUCUUUCUUAGAAAUUUCUCCUUCUUGGAAGUUUCAUUGACAACCAUAUGUAUUCCCAGAUUCCUCAUAACCAUUGUGACUAAAAACAAAGUCAUUUCCUACAAUGGUUGUGCGUCUCAAUUAUUCUUCUUCCUCUUAUUAGGAGUGACAGAAUUUUACCUCUUGGCUGCCAUGUCUUUUGACCGGUAUGUAGCGAUCUGCAAACCCUUACAUUACCCUGUUAUUAUGAGCAACAGAGUGUGCUACCAACUUGUAUUCAGUUCAUGGACAGCUGGAUUUCUGAUUACCUUUCCACCAUUGGUCAUGGGAUUGAAACUGGAAUUCUGCGCUUCCAAAGUAAUUGAUCAUUUUAUAUGUGACACUUCCCCUGUUCUGCAGAUAUCCUGUACAGAUACCCGUUUGCUAGAAUUGAUUUCUUUUGUCUCAGCUGUCAUAACACUUGUGGUUACACUGUUGUUAGUCAUCCUUUCCUACACAUACAUUAUCAGAACCAUUCUAAAGAUGCCUUCUGCUCAAAAUAGAAGAAAGGCAUUUUCCACUUGUUCUUCACAUAUGAUUGUGGUCUCUCUUACUUAUGGCAGCUGUAUCUUUAUCUACAUGAAACCAUCAGCAAAAGAAAGGGUGACUUUAUCCAAGGGCGUGGCAGUUAUCUAUACCUCAGUUGCCCCUUUAUUAAAUCCAUUCAUUUACACUCUAAGGAACCAGCAAGUUAAACAAGCCUCCAAGGAUAUAAUCCAUAAGAUUUUCCUUUUUUUCAAAAAAUAA